AAAUUAAAGACCGGUUGACCCUGUCGUCUUCCUCGCGACGCUCCGAGAGUAGGAGCGAGAGCAGAAACCAGUCUCGCGCUCUCUCGGUGCAUGCAACAAUGGUGGGUCUCGCGGUGGAGAGGCCCACCCUGCGGGUCGCCAACAUCCCGCUGACCGUCACGGCCCACGACCUCCUCCGCUUCCUCGAGUCCGCCCUCGGCCCGGGCUCCGUCUACGCCAUCGACAUCUUCACCGACCGCAAGAACUGGAAGCCCCGCGGGUUCGGCCGCGUCCAGUUCGCCUCCCUCCGCCACCGGGACCUCGCCCGUUCCCUCUCUGACCGCCUCGUGCUCAGGUCCCAAACCCUAGCGCUCUCCGACGCCUUCGAUGACAUCGUCCCGAGGCCCGUCCACGAGUGGCACCGCGUCGAGGGCGGGGGCCUCCACGCCGGGUUCAUGGUGGAAGGGGACUGCCUCUGCGAGCUGGAGUGCUGGAGGAGGCUCAAGGUUUGGUUUAUGCCCGAGAGGAGGAGGGUUGAGUUCUGGGUCUGGGUCGAGGAGGAGUGUUAUAAGCUCGAGGUUGGGUUUGAUGAUGUGGUGGAGAGUGUCGGGUGUUGCUUGGGCGGCAGGGGCAGCGGCGACGGCGACGGCGACGGCGACAAAAGAGUCAAUGCACUUCUCUUGACGGUUAAACACGGGCCAAGGAUCUACAAGAGAAUUUCCGGAUCUGAUGUAACCUCGAAGUUUAGUCCUGAUCGAUACCAUAUCUACAAAGAAGAUUUCAAUUUUCUUUGGGUCCGCACAACAGACUUUUCUCAUGUGAAGGCAGUCAGUCAAUCAACUACUUUCUGUUGGGAAGUUGAUGAAGGGCUACAGGUACCAGCUGCAGAUGUAUUUGCAAGUUUUCCGUAUUAUAAAGAAGGAGCAAUUGAUCUUACUCUAGGAGAAGGGGAGGAAUUUCAUUCUGCAUCUGAGAUAGUUCCACUCCUGGAGUGUAACCAUGGUCCUAGGUUAGACUACGAGAUCGUAUUCCAACUUAAUGCUCUUGUUCAUACCCAGAAAAUAAGUCUGGCUGCUGCGUAUGAGCUAACAGACAUCCUUAGCACUUUGGAUGUUGACACUGCUGUCUCGGUUCUCCAGAAGCUGCACAAGCUUACAUCCACUUGUUAUGAUCCCGUGCCAUUUGUGAAGACCCAGUUACAUGUCCUUAAGAGAGACAGCAAAAAUCUUCCUUCGUCCGCUCUCAGUAGGUUAAGAGACAGUAAUCUAAUGUUUUGUCACAGAGCUUUUAUUACUCCAACAAAGAUUUAUUGCUUAGGUCCUGAGCUGGAGACCUCUAACUACGUGGUGAAGAACUUCGCAUCACAUUCUUCUGAUUUUCUAAGAGUUUCUUUCGUCGAAGAAGAUUGGAGCAAAAUUCCCCCGAAUGCCUUAUCUACCAGUACUCAGCAAGGCAUUUUUUCAAAACCUCUGAGGACUGGAAUAUAUCACCGUAUAUUGACUGUUCUUCGUGAAGGUAUUGUGAUUGGCGAGAAGAAGUUUCAGUUUCUUGCUUUCUCAGCUAGUCAACUUCGGUCAAACUCCGUCUGGAUGUUUGCUUCCAACGACGAGGUGACUGCAGAACAGAUCAGAGAAUGGAUGGGCUGCUUCAAAGAUAUUAAAAGCGUGUCCAAGUGUGCAGCGAGGAUGGGUCAAAUGUUUAGCUCUUCUGUACAGACUAUAGUUGUCCCUAGACAAGAUGUGGAGAUCAUUCCUGAUAUUGAGGUCAACACCAGAGGAUUUGACUACUGUUUCUCAGAUGGGAUUGGAAAGAUAUCUCAAUCGUUUGCUAGGCAAGUUGCUCAGAAGUGUGGCUUGACUGACAGUCCUUCAGCCUUUCAAAUCCGAUAUGGUGGCUAUAAAGGUGUUAUUGCUGUUGACCGCCGUUCCUUCCGUAAGCUCUCUCUUCGUGAGAGCAUGUGUAAGUUUGAGUCAUUUAACAGGAUGCUUAAUGUUACAAAGUGGAGCGACUCGAUGCCGUGCUAUCUUAACAGGGAGAUCAUUUCUCUUCUUUCCACUCUUGGAGUGGAAGAUGAAAAAUUUGAGGCUAUGCAACAGAAACAGUUGCUUAUUCUCGGGAAAAUGCUAACUGACAGGGAGGCUGCUUUAAGUGUGUUGGAGAGUUUGAGCGGUGCAGACCGCAGAAACAUUAUAACGAAAAUGUUACUCGCGGGAUAUGAACCAACUGCGGAUCCUUACCUUCUGAUGAUGCUUCGAGCGCAUCACGAGAUUCAGCUGUCUGAAUUGAAGAGCAGGUGUCGCAUUCAUGUUCCAAAGGGUCGGAUCUUGCUUGGCUGUUUGGACGAGGCCGGAAUACUCGACUAUGGCCAAGUUUUUGUCCGAGUUACCAUGACAAAAGCAGAGCUAGAAAGUGGGGAGCAAAGAUUUUUCCGGAAGGUCGAUGAGACAACAGCAGCAGUAAUAGGGAAGGUAGUUGUCACCAAAAACCCUUGUCUUCACCCUGGGGAUAUCAGAGUCCUCGAGGCUGUUUUUGAGGUGGAAUUAGAAGAAACGGGGUUGGUCGAUUGCAUUGUCUUUCCUCGGAAAGGAGAAAGGCCUCAUCCUAAUGAGUGCUCUGGUGGUGAUCUGGAUGGAGACCUGUUCUUUAUCAGUUGGGAUGAAGAUAUCAUCCCGUUGCGAACUGAUGCUCCGAUGGAUUAUACCGGGAGGAGACCACGCAUAAUGGAUCACGAAGUGACACCGGAGGAAAUUCAUAAAUUCUUUGUCGACUACAUGAUCAACGACACGCUGGGUGCCAUCUCAACUGCACAUUUGGUUCAUGCGGACCGUGAACCAGAAAAGGCCCGGAGUGAAAAGUGUCUACAGUUGGCGACUCUCCACUCUAUGGCUGUGGACUUUGCAAAGACUGGCGCACCGGCUGAGAUGCCGAGGGUUUUGAAGCCAAGAGAAUUUCCAGAUUUUAUGGAGAGAGUAGACAAACCAAGGUACACAUCUAGUGGCGUGCUUGGAAAGCUCUAUCGAGCGACGCUCGAGUCAUCACUAGAGAAGUCGAAAGUCGUCUGGUCGAAGGAUAUCGCUCGAGAGUACUAUGAUCAUGAUCUGGAAGUCGACGGUUAUGAGGCAUCCGUCGACAUGGCAGUCACUCACAGGAACAAGUACAUAGAGAAACUGAGCGAGCUGAUGCAUUUCUACGGGGCGAAGAGCGAGGAUGAAAUCUUGACCGGCAAUCUGCGGAACCGCGCCAUAUAUCUGCAGAGGGACAACAGGAAAUACGGAGAUAUGAAGGACCGGAUCUCGCUGUCGGUGAAGGCCCUGCACAACGAGGCCAAAGGAUGGUUCGAGAGCGGGUGCGAGGCGAACGAGAGGGAGCGCCUGGCCUCUGCCUGGUAUCACGUGGCUUACCAUCCAUCUUUCGUUCACCAAAGCUUCAAUUUCCUGAGCUUCCCGUGGAUCGUGGGGGAUGUUUUGCUCAGCAUAAGAUCAGUGAACAGGAAGAAAUCCCUCCUCACUUAGCAUUUGCUGCGUGUAUCAGAGUUACCAUUCACUUGCCUGAUUGUUAUGGUCAAGGGAUCGUUCGUUUCCCGUAUAUAAUCCGGAAUGAAACGCCGUAUCUUGUUCA